UUCAAUUACCAAAAUUCAGCUCAUUUUCAAGCCAAGUGGCUUUUGAUAGUGGGCAUAGUUUACGAAAUCACCUGCGUUUGAUAUCAGCGUAAAGGUCUAGGGCCGACGUCGCGAGAUUCGUUCUUUAUUGAUACCAUAUUGAGCGUUGAUAAGAUAGUAUUUGCUAUCAACAUGCCGUACCGACAUUGUCGUUUUAGUCAAGUUUGCAGGGUCACGUAUAUUUUUUGUGGGAAAUGUUGUCGUGAGUGUUGAGAAGUGAGCCGUGUAACGAUGCGGCAGUGUGGGAAUAUAGUUCUGGGCUGUACACAAGGCCUUUGCAGGGCCUUUCAGUGGUUGUCGUGCCUGCUGUGCUGUUGGUACACUGGGAACAAAGUAUCAGCAGCGUCAGAGACGCUCCGCAUAGAAGUGGGUGUGGUCGACGAGUCUGACAAGAAGAAGCACAACCGGAUCAAAACCUCCAAGUAUACCCUCCUUACCUUCCUGCCGAAGAACUUGGCGGGGCAGUUCCGACGUGUGGCCAACUUUUAUUUCCUCGUCGUCACGUUCAUCUCCAUCGUCAUAGACAGUCCGGUGUCUCCGCUUACGAGCAUAGCCCCGCUGAGUUUUAUGGUGCUGGUGACCGCUGCAAAGCAGGGAUACGAGGACUGGCUGCGGCAUAAGGAGGACAACAAGGUCAACAACCAAGUUGUGGAGAUAGUCCACAAAGGGGUGAUCAAGAAUGUGCGCAACUGCCUCAUCGCUCCCGGAACGCUCGUCAGGGUCAAGCGAGGGAAGGAGGUGCCAGCUGACCUGGUGCUUCUAUGCUCGGCUCAGGAGAAGGGGAAGUGCUACGUCACUACCGCCAACCUGGAUGGAGAGACCAACCUGAAGACCCUGAGGGUGCCGACGCCGCUCGUUGGAUUCACUCCAGAUAUCCUGCCCCAAGGAAUGCGCAUAGAGAUCCCGCACAACAUUGCAGACUUAUACACGUUCUACGGCCGCCUGGACAUCCCGGGACUCGACAGCAUCCCGCUCGGGACCGACAACCUCAUGCUGCGCGGCUCCCGCGUCAAGAACACCGAGUGGGCCAUCGGCUGUGCCGUCUACACGGGUGAACAAACAAAACUAGCUCUAAACUCGAAGUACACUGGAAACAAGUUCUCAUCGUGCGAGUUGGCUACAAACGCGUUCCUCGGUUUCUACAUUCUGCUCCUCAUCCUGGAGAUCACGGGUUCCACCGUAGCCAAGAUCAUGGUGGAAGAAAGGAACCGGGGCAUGGAACUGUACCUGGGGCCAUUACCGUCCUUCCCGCCGCCUAUAGGCAGCUUAGUCCAGGAUAUCUGCUCGUUUCUGCUGCUGUACUACUACAUCAUACCUAUGUCGCUGUAUGUGACCAUUGAGCUUAAUAAGUUUCUCGGCACAUACUUCAUCGGCUGGGACGAGGAGCUCCGUUGCGAAGAAACAGGCCGGCCAGCUUUAGCCAAUACCUCCGAUCUCAACGAAGACUUAGGCCAGGUGGAAGUACUAUUCUCAGACAAGACAGGCACUCUCACCAAGAACCUCAUGGUGUUCAAAUCGUGUACUAUACGGGGACACGUAUAUGAGGAGAGAGAGAGCCGGCUGUAUGACACGGAGCGGUUUGAGGAGCCCGUGUGCUGCAAUAAUAUUGACGUAAAAUUCUUCUUCACAAUCCUAGCUCUCUGCCACACGGUGCAAAUAUCAAACGAAGACAUGAAACGGCUAAGCGCCCGUCUCUCUCUCACCUUCGACAAUCCCCUGAAGUUCAUGAGACGGAAAAAGUCGAGUAAAGUACCGAAUGGAAACGGUAACGGAGCAGGCGACAAUAUAUCUUGGGACGCUCUUUUAGGAGAUAAUAUGGGAAAAAUGGAGUAUCAGGGUAGCAGCCCUGAUGAGAAAGCUUUAGUUGAGGCCGCAGAUAGAAUCGGGGUCUCGUUUCUGGGAGAAGACGGCAAUAAUAUGCUGGUGAAGAUUGGCGAUCACACGGAAAUGUACGAACGGCUCCAGUUAAUAGAGUUCACUUCGGAACGCAAGAGGAUGUCGAUUAUCCUACGCGAUAAAGAUGGGAAGAUAUGGUUGUUCUGCAAAGGGGCAGAGAGUUCAGUUUUCCCCCUUUGCAAGGAUUCGGCGUUGAUAGAAGACACGGAUAGAGACAUCAAUGUGUUUGCCAACAAAGGACUGAGGACGCUGGCGAUAGCGUAUAGAGAGAUACCAGAAGAAGAAUACAAUAAGAUCUCUGAAUCAAUACAGAAGCUAGACACAACCAAAGUGGAGUCUCUCCAGCUAGUCACUCAGCAGUAUCGCGUCUUAGAGCGUCAGCUGACUCUAAUCGGGGCGACAGCGGUUGAAGACUGUCUACAAGACGACGUCGCCGACACACUCGCGGCGCUGCGCCGUGCUGCGAUCAAGAUAUGGGUGCUUACUGGAGACAAGGUAGAAACAGCGAUCAACGUGGCUCAAUCUUGCGCGCACAUAUCCGAGAACGAUCGCCGAAUGUUCCUCAUAGGUGUCGAAGAUGACGUCGCCUUACAAGCUCACGUGACCGAAUGCAGGAGGAUCAUAUCCGAACCUAGUUUUAGAGAGCUGACGUUGAUCGUGGAUGGGACGAGCAUGAGUCAGAUACUUGAUACGGAUUACGCGAAGCACUUUGUGGAGAUAUCGAUGCAGUGUCACGCGGUUUUGUGCUGCAGACUGUCGCCUAUACAGAAGGCUAAAAUAGUGAAACUAAUAAAGAACAGCAAGGACCGGCCGGUGACGGCGGCCAUCGGCGACGGCGCCAACGACAUCUCCAUGAUCCAGGAAGCGCACGUCGGCUUCGGCAUCUUCGGCCGCGAGGGUCAUCAGGCCGCCAGAUCGGCUGAUUUCGCAUUUACAAAGUUCUCGAUGAUAAAGAAAGUACUCUUAGUUAUAGGCCACUGGUAUUACCAAAGAUUAGCUACGUUAAUACAUUACUUCUUCUAUAAGAAUCUAGUCCUCGGAAAUAUAAUGUUAUUCUUUCAAUUCCAAACGGCGUUCUCAACGCAGUCCAUAUACGACUCUCUAUUCCUGACGAUCUACAAUCUCGUGCUGACGUCAGUUCCCGUCCUGCUGCUGUCCAUCACGGAGCAGCGGUGGCCGUCCAACUUGCUGCUCAAGAACCCAACGCUAUACCGGGAGAUCGCCCGCAACCGGCUGAUGUCGUGGUGGUACUUCAGCUCGUGGACGCUGGCGGCGGUCUACCACUCGGUGGUCAUCUACCUCGUGUCUUACUUCGUGUUCCGCAUCCCUGUCAUCAAUGGCGACGCUAAGACUGUUGACCUGUGGUCGUUCGGCUCUCUGCUGUUCCACCUAAACGUGGUGAUCGUGAACCUAAAGCUGUGGCUACAAGCGCGCUACCAUACUCUGAUAUUCGUGGCGUCGGUGCUGCUGUCAAUACUCGCGCACGUGGCCAUCACCGCCGUCUACUCGCUGCUUAACCUGCAAUACGACGGCGAUGUCCUUGGUACGUACACUCGCCUGCUAGCGUCUCUUCCGUUCUGGAUCGCCAACGUCGUGGUCGUCAUCGCAGCACUGGCGCCGGAUCUCGCCACGCGGCUUGUGUCCGACCGCUGGGGCCGCCGCGUGGAAGCACCGGCGCCUACGCAGAGUGCCUUUGUCAGUCGACUUUAGACCUUAACGUGACAGCAGUUUGGUUUAAUUUACUUUGCCGCGUUAGCGUCAGAUCUCGCCACGCGCUCGGCUUGUAUUCGACCGCCGCGUUGAGCCUCCGAUGCCGACGCAGAGUGCCUUCGUUAGCCGACUUUAAGCCUUAGUGGUAACCAGUACGGUUUAAUUUACGUCGGUUCUCGCCACGCGCUUGUAUCCGACCGCUGCGCUGGGAGCGCCGGCGCUUACGCAGAGCGCCUUUGUCAGUCGACUUUAGACCUUAACGUGACAGCAGUUUGGUUUAAUUUACUUUGCCGCGCUAGCGCCCAGGACUAGGCCUAGCCACUCGCCUCUCGCGUGGAGACGCCAGAGCUCGCACAGAGUGCCUUUGAUAGUCUAAUUUGAAUCUUAAAGGGUAAUCAGUUCGGUUUAAUUCAAUUUUCACGUUGUUUCUAGCUAGUCCGUAGGUAUUCGGAUGCUAAGGUCACGUUGAGAAGCCGGUGCCCUCGCAGCCGACUUUAGACCUUAAUGGGUGACCAUUUCGGUUUAAUUCAAUUCGUGACUAUAGUCCGACCACGACCUCUGAGGUUGCUACGUACGCCAAAAAAUAUGGUGGACAAGGCUAACCGCCGAAAUCAUGAGUCAACGUUGACUCUUAACAUGUGAUUAAUUAGUUCAAAAUCCAGUGCCAUGACACUAUAAAACAUGAUGCUUAGACUAAGUUUUACUUGUUAGAUGCUGCAGGUUAAAGUACCAUAAAAUGAAGAAUGCACUUUGUGUCUAUUGUAUCAAGUUUUUAAUUUUCUUGUAAAUAGUUUAAUGUUCUGGCGAGGUAGAUACUUAAGAGUACGUGGCCUCAUUGUGAUAAAUGUCUGAAGAUUUUGAGUCGUAGGUUUCAGUAAAGAUACAGGCUUGAUCUCAAAGACACCCUGCCAUUCAAAAAUUGCGAAUUUUGUUAUGCGCAACUUAAGGGCCCUGUAACUUUUGUAUUAGUAGAGAUAUUUUCAUGAUUUUACUUAUAUUUUCAAGUUUUAUUAAAAGAAAAAACAAAUGGAAACUUGUCCAUUGCACUCACUAGAGUGGCGCCACUGUAGGACAAGGUCCUGUCACUUGCCAGUGGCGCCAACUGGUAAGCCCAAAUACGAACCAUUUUGAUUUUAUCGAUGAUAAAUAACGAAAAUUAUUGGUAAAGAUAUCUAAGAAUUAGGUAAGUACUUUCAUAGAAUGUGAG